CSCCUGUCCCCAUCCCUGUCCCCGUCUCUUAUCUUCUCUUGUCUCCAUCCCUGUCCCUGUUUCUUGUCCCUUUCUCCUUUUCUUGUCUUUGCUCCCUGCUCCUAUCCCCGUUCCCUGUUCCCUUUCCCAUCCAUCUUCCCUGUUCUCAUCUCUGUCCCCAGUCUCUUUCCACUGACCCCUUUCUCUUUCCAUUCUCCCUUCCUCUGUACUACCUUUAUCUCUGUCCUCAACCCUUUUUCCUCUUCCCUGCCCUCAUCCCUGUCCCACCUCUGUCUUGUCCCCAUCCCCGCUCACAGUUUCCAUCCCUCUUUUCCCACCUUUUCUCCCUUUCCCUUGUCCCUGUCCCACUCCCAGUCCCCAGGAAGAACCGUGACCUUCGGAGCCACAACAAUAGCCAGGCUCGUGGCAGUUCAUUGUUCCCUGCCAGAGCCCCCACUCUUACUCCCCCCUCGUCUCGCUGGAGCCCCCACUCCCGCUCCCCCCGCUCCUCGCUGUGCUCUGCUGCAGGCAGCCGGUGGUCCGGGGCUUUCCCUGCAGUUGUGCCCCGUGAAGGCCAGAGYUGUGCCAUCUGAGGGCCAGGGGGUGACACAGGGACCUGGCUGGCAGCUGGCCCUGCUCUCCCUGAGCCUUAUGCAAUGCUGAGAGCGUUGCAGCACUUAAUAAGGACGGUCCCUUGGCUGUCACCACAGGCAGAGUGCUGGCACGGCUGGUGCAGGGCAGCCCUGGGCACASCAGACCCUUUGGCCAGAGAGGUGGCACCGGGUCUGGGGACCACAGGCAGCAGCUCCACAGCCUGCACUGUGGGCCUGUCUGCUCAGAGCCAUGUCUGCUCCUUCAGUUGUGCCCAGAGCCACGUCUGGAACUGGCCCUGCUCACUGCUUUGUGUGGUACCCCACAGCCCAGGGCAUCCCACAGCAUCCCACAGUAUCCUAUAGCCCAGGGCAUCCCACAGCCCACAUCAAUCCACAGCCUAGAGUAUCCCACAGCCCACAGCAUCCCACAGCAUCUGAUAUCCUACAGUAAUCCACAGCAUCCCCCAUCCCUGWGCAUCCCAUAUCCACAGCAUUCCACAUCCCACGGGAUCUCAGGGCUGCUCCCCAUGUGGGCUGAGCCCUUGCCACCCUUCUCCUGGGGCUGCUCCUCGGUCACUCUGGGGUCUCUCCACUUGCUCCCACAGCACUUGGCCAGGGCUCGCCGGCAGCACCACGAGCCCCAUCUGUCCCUGCAGCGCUGCCCUGACGUCAAGGCUCUGCCAAGUUCAAGGUCACCUCUCCCGGAGGGCUGCGGCCCGAGGGGACAUCGCCUGCCAGGCUGCUCUCGGCAUCCCACACACACAUCGGGCUGCCGGCCUUUGCUCCCUGAUUUAUUUAUCUGUGCGUGUGCCUGUUCUCUCCUGGAAGGCACGUUCGCACAACGGGCGAUUACUUACGCCCUAGUUGGGUCUGCCUGCCCGCUGCCUGCCCGCUGCCUGCCUGCUGCCCGCUGCCCGCUGCCUGCCCGCCCGCUGCCCUGGGAUUUUGUCUCUCUCCAGGCUGCGGUGUAAUAAGGGAGGUAAUUAAGUGUAAAAGGCAGGAGGAGGGAGGGCUGGGAGGGGGGAGCAGCCCCGGCUCCUUUCGGAGGCAGGGGACUGCGAUAAUGUAUGGUAAUAACCGCAGCCAGCCCUGCCGAGCUGAUAGCGCUGACGGCAGCGCCUGGGCCCCCCCAAACCUGCCCCCACCGCUGUGGGGAGGGGGAGCAGCACCAGAAGAAAGGCUCAGCCUUCCUCCACCGGGUUUGUGCCUUCCUGAGCAGCUGUAUGGAAAUAAUUCCCAUCGGAGGCAAUUGUUUCCCUGACAAGAGGGAGGGGGCUGUGGGGGUACMGUGGGUGAGGGGUUUUGGGGACUCCCAAGGGCAGGAUCAUCCUCUUAGGGGGCAGGAGGAGAGAGAUCAGGUCCCAGUCUACCCACAAGGGACAUAUCCUGCUACCGGAAUGAGACAAGCUGCCCCACGGUGCCCCCACAUCUCCCACUGGUCCUCAGUUCCCCUAUCCUCCACGGAUCCUGAGCACAGGCUGUGGGAUCAGCCAGGAUGUGUCAGAGGGUGCCCACUCGUGCCGGGGGCCAGAGCCUGCUGCCCUCAUUCCUGCCCUCUCUGCUGCCUCAGCUGCAGGACCCCCACCACUGCCRGCUUUGGGGGCUGCUGGCCAUUAGGUAUUCCAACCACAUCCUUCCCAGAGGCGUCCGGGUCGCAGCCGGAGCCCCGAAGUGGCUCCAAUCCGUGGUCUGGUGCUGCCGCCGGCGCAGGGAGCAGAUGCCAGACAAAGGGCUGGGGACAAAGGCCCGGCUGCCUCGUGCCCCAGGGAAGGGGCGCAGGCACGUGCAGGGCACGGGUGCUGUCCCAUCCCGGGGCUGCCAURCCCCAGUGCCCACCUGGCCCCGCUCUGGCUGCCAUGGCUGGGGCACAGUUGGGUACCCGGUGGCCCGGCAUUGGUGCUGUGCCACCUCUGCCGUGGGCAUUAUGCCUGCACUGCUCUGCUGCAGGGCUCUGCCACAGCUCCUCUCCAGCUCUGCCCAUCUCGGGGUGCAGCGGGGCUGCGAUGGGGUGCAGCAGGCACAGGGCUAUGGGGAGGGAGCAGAAAGUAUGGGUGGGACCACAGCAGAGGAUGGCUAAUAUCAGGCAUGUCACUCAUCCCACUGUGCCUCAGUUUCCCCAGCUGCUAUUGGUGCCCUUGUCAAUGUCCUGUGUCCCCCACCAUCCCCCUCCCCAUGGCCGCCUUUGUCCCCGCUCCCCCCAGCUGGCUGCAAACCCCCCAUYUGGGGGCAGCUGCCACAGCACAGGGCCGGGAACAUCACCGGUGCUGCCGGGUGCAGCUGGGGCUGUGCCCGCUCUGGGGGGGCUUUAGGGCACGAUGCCAAACAGUGCCAGACCCCCCAUGGGAAGGGACAGGACAUGGCCCCAGUUGAGAGGUACCCAGGUGGGGGCACUGGCACAGACAGCCCCCUCAGCAUAAGGGGUGUGGGCAGCAGGGACACACAGGGAUUAGCAAACACCUUCUAUUGCUUUCACGCAAUGGAAACACCCUGUGCCCAGGCUGGGGACAAAACCCCGGAGCUGCUGCUCCCUGGGGACCUGGCAGAGUCCAGUGUCUGCAGCCAUCCCGUCCCAGCACUGCUUCUCAGACGGCCAGCCUCGCUGAUUUUGGGAGUUCAUGCUGGCAAGAGCGGUGAUCUUGGGGUGMCCACCCCACUCAUGCUGGGCACAGCAGGCUGCAGUAGUCAGCAGAUUURAAAAAGCCGUAGACGUUGACAAGGGGGAACAUGAGCAGCGCCCCGAGGAGGGAGCCCAGCUGCUCCAGCACCCCGUACCACACCAGCGCACUGUGGCUGCGGCUCCGCAGGAUCACCCCGGCCAUCACCUUCACGUARGAGAGCGUCCCGGUGAACAGCACCCACGAGAGGACCUGGUGGCACAGGUGGGAGAGUGGUCAGCAUGGGGAGUUCCCUACUGUGGGGACAGGGGACAUCAUGGCAAGGCCACGUCCAGGUGUGGCGUCAAAGACCUCCCUGAGUGAGAGGGACCCUGUGACUUACGAUGAUGGCAUCGCCCCACUGGGACUGCUGGAGGAGAGGGCAGGGACUCAUCACCGCGAUGGCCAUGUUGUAGGCACCAAAGCCUGUCCCUGCCAUGGUGAGGAUGCCCAUCAGGGUCAGGGACCUGCAAGGGACAUGCGAGUGUCACUGGAGAACACUUCCCAUCCCUGGUGAGUGGCACAGGCACGCAGCACAUUCCGGCUCCUUGCUGGCUUCAUCCUCCUUUCCUGGUGUGUCUGUACUGCCAAGGCAUGGGCACCCCACAGACCGUCUCCCACCCAACACCUACACCCCCAACCCUUGCAAAGCAGGGGCCCUUCUUUGAGCAGAGCCCCUGGUGUGCACCCUGCUGCAUCCCCCAGGACCCUGCGACCCACCUGCUGGGCAGGAACAUGGCCACGAUGCAGGCRAGGGGGUUGGCCAUGGAGCUGAGCGUGGCUGCCAGGUGGUAGGUGGUGUGUCCAUAGGGCAGGCAGGAGUAGGACUGCACGGACGGCAGGACCCCGUUAGUCAGUGCGCUCACCCAGGCGAUGAGCAGGUAGAUGAAGGUCAGCUUGGCUAGGGAGUAGGUGACCUUCUGUGGUAGGAUGUCCCCAGGUCCCUUGGGAUCCUUUGGGCAUGAGCAGCCUCUGCUCAGCUCCCUGUCAGCUCCCUCGUCAAGGAUCUGGUCAAAUGAGUUCAGCACGAUGUUGCUGGGAAAGAGGUGCUGCUGAGAGAGCUCCCACACCCUGGGCUGCCGAGUGAGGAAGUAGAAGGCCAGCAAGCAAGUCAGCAUCAUUGCAGUCAUGAGCAGGAAAAAGACGAGGGUUGAGAAGUUGGGUGGGAGGUAUUGAGUCUCCAGCUGGGAGAUGGUGCUCUCCAUGGUCUCGUUGCCGGUGGUGAUGUUGACCUCGUAGCUGACGUUGGUGCARCUGGCGAUACCAGAGCCCUGGCCCAGGGCAAUGAGAGCAGGGAUCAGCCCACUGAGCCCUUCACCUAUGAAGAAGGUGGUYGUGUACUGGGGCUGCAGCUGCAUCAUGAAGGGCAGGAAGGUGACAGAGGAGGUGCAGUCCACCAGGGCCAGGAAGAAGGUAAGGAUCAGGAAGGAGACGCUGUGGGACGUCCCAGCAAUGAGRGACGUUUGGUCCCAGAGGAAAGCCAGGAGCAAGCAGGCCAUGACACCCAUGGACACGAUUGUAUAGAUCACAGCAACUUCCUUCAGCAAGCCGGGCCGAAAGCGAUUCAUGAGGGUGACGAAGAGCGGUCCCACGUUGGCCAUCUGGAUGAUGAUGGUGAUGUAGGAGGGCAGGUACCACUGCUCUGGCAGCACCGACACCAGCAGUGGCACCUCCACCCACAGCCCGUUGACGGCCACCCAGGAGCCCAUGCCGAAGGCACAGGCCAGGAUGUGGGUGAGCAGUGCCAUGGCUCGGGGCUGGGCGCCUGGGCUGGGGAGUGACACUGCUGUGCUGUGGGGAGAGACUUUUAUCAGUGGUGAGGUGAGAUUUGACCCUCCCAGAUCCCGGCCCUGUCCUCCCAUGACCACUGCCUACGCUGGCAGAACAGCUUUCCUCGUACGUGCCRUGGACCCACAGCCCAGCCCAACCCCACUUUGCCCUCUGCAAACCCUGUGGACCCCUCUGCCCCCUUCAAGUGAUGACACUGUGCCCUCCUGCCCUGGGUGUGGAUCCUGAUGAUCUUCACCUGGUCUCAUCCCGGAGAGCUGGGGCUUGGCAGCAGCAGGUGCGGUACCCAGGAGGGCAUUGAACCUGUGCCAGCUCACGUUGGAGCUCGSUGCAGCCUGCAAGGGCUCGGCACAGCCGGCUGCAGGGUGAAGAGGGCUCUCACCUGGGGUCCGAGUGGCCUGGGCAGCUGCUCUGCUGGGAAUGGAGGCUUCGUACCUCCCACUGCAUCCGCUGGGCAGGACGACGCAGCGCCCGUCCCUUGAGCGAUCCCGACACGCUCCGGUGGCCGCGGGACAGGCCCCAGCAGCCCAACCUGCAGCCCAGCCUCUGCUCGUACCAGUCAGCUGAGUCAGCUCGGAACCGGGCACAUCCCUUGCUCACUCCCAUCCCGCUCCUGGGCAGAACUCUCACGUCCCUUSUCCCUACGUUCCGUGCCCCCGGCAGUCCCGCAGCGCCGGCUCCUGCCCUCUCCCGGGGCGCUGAGGCCGACUGAGGAAAUUCACGUCUCACGGGGCUGAGCCCGGCGGGCACAACAACGCACCCAUGAUGGCCCCGGCCCCGCGGGGAGGCAGCGGGCUUGGUUGGAGCAGGAACCGGGAAGGAAACGGGCUCCGGUCUGACCGGUCCCUCGGCAACCUCCCAAGGGUAACUCACUGCGCUUUGGGGAACCGGCAGCACCACGCGGGCGGGAGCCAGUCCUGGCUGCCGGAGCGGUGACGUGAGGCGGGCGCGUCACCACCUCCGGAUGCGGACGGGUGACAGCCUGGCCCUGCUCUGCUCCUCGUCUUGGUCCCAGCUGGCAGAUUCCCCAGCUCAGGGGGGUGAUUAUUCUUGGCGGUGUCCUGGACUUUGUCCUUGUCCCCGCCUGAACGGCGUCCCACCUAUCACAGACUCUUCGUGCAGGGCAUUGUUUCACCCGGUGAGGCCUGAUGAGCUUAAAAUCGCAACAGACUGGGAGUAGCACGGAAGAGAAGGACCAUCAGUGACCAUCAAGGACCAUCAGUGACCAUCAAGGACCAUCAGCGGCUUUAAAGGAACAUCAGCUCCAAAACUCCUCCCUGGCAUGGUCGGAGACACCUGGUCUGGGAAAAAAAAAGAGAUCCUAAUUAACAUUAGAGGUGAAGAAAUCCAGAUCCAAUAGGAAAACAAAUACUAAGAACUGCGCAAUGUUGGAUCAAUUAACGUUAAACCAAUGAAGUUCUAUGGGUUUUGAUUGUAUAAAGUUUGGGGAAAAUCUUGUAAAAUUCAUGUGUCCCGAAAUGAUAUCCUCUACACACUCAGGCUAUAUGUGGAUGAAAUUAUUUCUGUUGCACAUCCUGGCCAGAACUACAUCCUGGCAAGAAAAUAAAAUAAUGCCUUGACUCCYUAGCAUUAAAAAUGUUGGAGAGUUUUUGUUUUUCCUGCAGUUUCRGUGACCAUUUUGGUGACUAUGAGGGGACAGCACUUUUGACACUCAAUGGAUUCCAGGAUUGUGAAAGCCUSCAAGUGCACAUGGAAAAUAUUAUCCAGGGAAACCUCACAUUCCGGAGUUUCGGUGAGGUCAAAGCAAGAUCCCUUUCUUUU